AUAAAAUUAAAUGAGUUAUUAACUACAUGUACUCCUGUAACACAAUUAUUACCGAGUUUCGUCUCUUGUUAAUUCAUCACGUGGAUGAACUUUGCUGUGAAAUAUUUAAAUGAUGUGCACACUACUUAAUAAGGUCAUUGAAGUAGAAUAACUAUCAGGAGAGCUUUUAGCUUGAAUAUUACAUCAUCAUACAGCUCAGGCGAAGAUUGACAACUAGACAACUGCAUCGAAAAUAAUGAACAGAAAAGCGUGCAAUUUUGGUCUUCUGAUAUCCAGCUUACUUCUUCAUUGUAUUUCGUUCAUUAUGAUGAUGGUUUCAUAUUUUGUGGAAAAGCCGGAUUUUAUAAUUGUAAUAAUGGUGGCAUUUUCACUUUUGUUUACACUGGCCUGCAUAGUACUGAAUCUGAUUCUUCUCAGCGCAAUGUGUUGCUGCCGACAAGCAAGAUGUGUGUAUGUCCUAACAUGGGUGAGUCUGGGACUCGGCAUACCUGCAGGUGUGUUCGCUAUAGUUGGAUGGAGUUUUGACAUUUUAGCUCGUAAUCGCCACGUGUACCAACCAAUUGGUUCUGGCGCCCGCCUGGCUCUGCUUGUUGUAUCCAGCAUUUUCUUAAUCACUGCUGCAGGAUUCAACGGAGGAAUCAGAAGAUUGAACGUGAACGAUCCUAGCCCUGACAGUGAAUUGGUUGCGAACAUCAAGAAGACAAAAGAGCAGACGUCUUCUUAAAGAUAAUGCACUUUCAAAGGGAACUUUUAAAUGGCGAACUUCUUUAAAAAAAUGAAGCCAAAAACACAUUAAUAUUGAGAAAUAUAUUUGAUCCAAUAUGCUGUUAAUAUAAGUUACAAACGAUUAUUUUAGAAUUGAAUUGAAAAUACAUUAAAUUUAUUUUAGUAACACGUAUUUUUAUUUAGAUACGAGCAGAUACUCGCUAUGCGCUACGGUUGAAGUAACUUAACAUAGAGUAGGCGCAAACACUUCCAAGGCCCAACAGUUGCAGUUUUCUCGUCUGACUACAAUAUAAAGUCUUACUUUUUUUUUUAUUGAAAACUUUACUCAAAUGUUAACAAAUGUAAUAUAUUAGUUUGUUUAUAGUAGUAGUCUGUAGAAAAAUCGGUUGCGCUCGGGUGAUUUACUUAUGUAAUUCAUUUUUUCCACUUCAGUUGAAAAAAAACCAAGUGAUUUUAUGUUUAUAAGAGCUUAUUUUCUUUAUUAAAAUAUAUUUUUCAAAGAUUUG